AUGGGGAAAAUCCACCUCCAGUACAUGCCUAAGGGAAAGAAGGCUAAGGGGAAGAAGGUGGCACGCCCUUCCGUGGCCAAGAAACAUGAGGCCAAGAUCGUGAAUCCCCUGUUGAGAAGAGGCAAAGAACUUGGCAUCGGCCAGGAUAUUCAGCCUAAGCGUGAUUUGACACGCUUUGUGAAAUGGCCUCGUACCAUUCGCCUGCAGAGGCAGCGCUCCAUCCUCUACAAGCGCCUGAAGGCCCCUGCAAGCAACCAGUUCACCCAGGCUCUGGACCGCCAGACCGCCACACAGCUGCUUCAAGCUGGCCCACAAGUACGGCCAGAGACCAAGCAGGAGAAGAAAGCAGAGGCUGCUGGCUCGCGCUGAGCGAAGGCAGCUGGAAAGGGAGAUGCCCCAACCAAGAGGCCUCCUGUCCUCCGUGCAGGUGUGAACACCGUCACCUCUCUGGUGGAGAGCAAGAAGGCCCAGCUGGUCAUCAUUGCCCACGAUGUGGAUCCAAUUGAGCUCGUUGUGUUCCUGCCUGCUCUGUGCCGCAAGAUGGGCGUCCCAUACUGCAUCGUCAAGGGCAAGGCUAGACUGGGCAGACUGGUGCACAGAAAGACGUGCACUUCAGUAGCCUUCACACAGAUUAACCCUGAGGAUAAAGGUGCACUUGCCAAGCUUGUGGAAGCCAUCAAGACCAACUACAAUGACAGAUACGAGGAGAUCCGUCGUCACUGGGGAGGCGGCAUCAUGGGCCCCAAAUCCACAGCCCGCAUCUCUAAGCUGGAGAAGGCAAAGGCCAAGGAACUGGCAACCAAGCUUGGUUAAAUUGUUUGGAAUAAAAAAUUUAUGUCCUAA